AAAUUAUCAUCUGCUCCAUUUUGCAGCGUACUGAAAGUUGCAAGCACACAGAAGAGAAGAGAAAGAUGACGUCAUCGCGUCCCCCUCCGUCGAAAUCCGUGGAUCUGGACCUAACAAUCGUGUCGGCGAAGCACCUGAAGAACGUGAACUGGAAGAACGGCAAUCUGAAACCCUACGUGGUUUUCUGGGUGGACCCGGAGCGGCGCCUCGCCACGAAAUCCGACGACUCCGGCAACACCUCCCCCGUCUGGAACGAGCGUUUCGCCCUCCCUCUCCCUCUCCCCCUCCACGACUCCUUCCUCACCCUCGAGAUCUUUCACUCCAAACCCUCCGACACCCCCAAACCCCUCGUCGCCACCCUCCGCCUCCCCCUCAAAGACCUCCACGACCUCCACGACUCCACGCGCCUCCGCAAGUUCCCCCUCUCUCGCCCCUCUGGCCGCCCCCACGGCAAGAUCCACCUCAAACUCGGCCUCCUCGGCCGCCCCCAAUUCGAUUACGCCUCCCCCAACCCUAACCCUAGUCCUAAUUUCGUCUGCUACAGAGGAUACACCCCUUCCCCUUCCCAUUCCCAUUCUCACUCCCCUUCUCCACCACCUUCUCCUUACACCUCUUACACCGACUCCUAUUCUGGUUACUACCCCGGUUACUAUUCUGGCGCACCUCCCCCUCCCCCUCCUAGACCCUUCUUCGACCGUUACGCUGGGUCUAGUGGGCCUUCUGCUCCGCUUGAUUACUCCUCCACUUAUGACUCCAAGCCCAAGGCUCCCAAAAUGGGCCUCGGCGCUGGCCUCGCCGUUGGCGCUGUUGCUGGGGCUCUCGGCGGGCUUGCUCUCGAAGAGGGGCUUAAUUACGAAGAGGACAAAAUCGCGGAGAGGGUUGAGAACGACGUCACUGCUGCUAAUGUUGCUGCUGCGCGCGACAAUUACAGCGAUUACCGAGUGGAUUAUUGAAUUGAACACUUACUACCGGCUUGGUGUUGUCGCAAGGCUUGAAAUUCGAAGGAUGGAUUCUGGUUCUGCUAUAUUAUGGCAAGAGGCUUAGUCUAGAUGGAUUCUGUUUCUGCUAUAUUUUGGCAAGAGGCUUAUUCUGAUAACUGGUAUUUGACAUGAAAAAUGGAUUGUCUAUUUCAACAAGAGGUGAAUUUGGAGAAUUUGGAGAUGUUUGUUGUAAGGUAUUGUAAUCUUUGUGUAACUCAAGACUAUUUUAACAUGAUUUUCAACUGGCCUUCUA